UAAAUGAUUAGUAUCUAAAUUAAUUUUAAAUUGUACACCUAAUUUUUCAAUGGAUUUCAAAAACUUCAAAUUCUAAAUCUCUCAAUUUGAAUUGACAUCAUCUAACAAAACUCACUUCUGUUUUAUCUAGAAAACUAGGAUAGUAUCAAGCUAAUUGUUAUUAACAUAAUCUGAGUUGUUUCAAAAACCCAACAUGCAUUAUAUUCUAUCUGAUAACAUGUGGGUGAAAAUACAGCAACUUUAUCCUUAAAUCCUCACUUAUUACAUUGUCCUCUUCUACACUAUCAUCUUGAAAAAAGCUUCACCUAAAAAAAAAACCCAGAAAUUGAACCAAAAAAAUAUAAAUAUAUCCAUCUACAUGGAAACAGAACCAACAUGGCAUGAACUAUUAGGAAGCAAAAAUUGGGAAGGCCUUCUCCAACCUUUAAAUCUCACUCUCCGGCGCUUGAUUUUACGUUGCGGUGAUUUUUGUCAAGCUACUUACGAUGCCUUCAACAAUGACCAAAAUUCCAAAUAUUGUGGCACGAGCCGUUAUGGUAAAAAAUCAUUUUUUGACAAAGUCAUGUUAGAAAAUGCUUCUGAUUACAAGAUCCACUGCUUCCUCUAUGCCACCGCGCGUAUUGGCGCGCUUGGGGCUAUUUUCCUCCACUCUCUGUCUCACGAGUCGUGGGACAGAGAGUCUAAUUGGAUUGGCUAUAUAGCCGUUACGAGUGAUGAAGUUAGUCGUAAACUAGGCCGUAGGGAAGUAUACGUUGUGUUUCGUGGCACGUCUAGGAAUUAUGAAUGGGUCAAUGUUUUAGGUGCUCGUCCUGAUUCAGCUGACUCUUUGCUUCAUCCUAAGUCUUUGCAGAAAGGUGUUUUAAGUGGUGAUAGCAGUAAAAACAAAGAGGAUGAGGAUGAGGAUGAGGAUGAGGACGAGGACGAGGUGAAAGUAAUGGAUGGGUGGCUUAAGAUUUACGUAUCCAGUGACCCGAAAUCGUCCUUCACGAGACUAAGUGCAAGAGAACAGCUUCAAGCAAAGAUUAAAGCACUAAGAAAUCAGUAUAAAGAUGAGAAUUUGAGUAUAACUUUUACGGGGCACAGUCUUGGUGCUAGUCUAGCUACUUUAGCGGCAUUUGAUAUAGUUGAAAAUGUUGUCCCAGUUGAUAUUCCAGUAUCUGCUAUCGUCUUUGGUAGUCCACAAGUUGGGAACAAAACAUUCAAUGAAAGAAUCAAGAAAUUCUCUAACUUGAAUAUCUUACAUGUUAAGAACAAGAUUGAUCUCAUUCCCCUUUACCCUAGUGCUCUGUUGGGGUAUGUGAAUUCAGGUAUCGAGCUACUCAUCGAUAGUAGAAAGUCCGUGAGUUUAAAGAAGUCGAUAGACACUAGCGAUUGGCAUAACUUGCAGGCAAUGUUGCAUGUUGUGGCUGGAUGGAAUGGGGAUGAUGGAAAGUUUGAGUUGAAAGUCAAGAGGAGUGUAGCUUUGGUGAACAAGUCAUCUUCUUUCUUGAAAGAUGAGUUCUUGAUUCCAGGGUCAUGGUGGGUUGAGAAGAAUAAAGGGAUGGUUCUUGAUGAAAAUGGAGAGUGGAUUUUGGCACCACCUUCAGAUGAGAACCUUCCAAUCCCUGAGUAUUGAAAAAAAAAAUUCCCCCAAUUUUUGGGAUGAGUAGUUUGUUCGCUAAAAGGGCUUCCUACAAUAGAACUUUAUUGUCCAGACCUUUCACCUUUAUUGUCCGGAGCUUUCUCGGAUCCCGUGCAUGACGUGAGAUUCGGUGCACUGGACAGCCCUUUGUAGUAGUUUGUUCACUUUGCAGUUUUUUUGUUGAUAUUGGUUAUCCUGUUUUAGCCUUGUCAAAUGUGAAUGCAUCCGGUAUCUAUCUUGUAAUAUUGUAUAUAUAUUUUCGCCGAACCUGGUAUUGUACUAGUUUAUUUAUUUAUCACUGUGGCGUUUGAGCCAACUUGUACGCA